AUGCAAACACAUCAAGUAACUUGGAAUCACAUUACUCGAGAGCUGAGUUUUAGAACUUUAAGCUGUUUUAAAUGCAGCUUUGAGAAUUGUAUUCAUUAUGCGAUUGAAAAUAAAGUACCGCCGCUACAGUCUUCAUAUUUAAGUGAGGAAAAUGACAAUGGAAGAGCCACUGCUCGGCCUACAGGAAUAGAAGAAUUUAGUGAAGAUACCUGGGUUACAGCUAUUUUUGAUAAUGAUUGGUAUCCAGGAAUCAUUGAAAAAAUUGAUCGAAACAUUAUGACUGUUAACUUUAUGAUGAAAAAUGGUAAAAGUUUUUUCUGGCCAGAUAUCGCUGAUCGUCAAACUGUGACUACUAGAAAUGGAAUCUUAUGUCAGCUAGUGCAUCCACCUGAACCAGUUUCCAAUAGAUUCUACAAAAUACAAGAAUAUGACUAUAUUGAUAAUUUAUUUAAAUCUUCAGUUUAGAUGUUGUAUGGUAAAGGAAUGAAAUCAAGUGAAUGGUUUCACAAAGCUGAUGUUUCUUUUUUUAUUAUUUCUACAUUUUUUUGGGGCAAAAUGUUAAAAU